AUGCAUCCAAAAAGAAGGACAAGAAAUCUAACAAACCUCCGCUGCCUUCCCCCUGCCUCACUGCCCACCCCACAGCCCCCUCCCCUGAAGAUGGCCCUUCAAAACACCCGCUCCCUCAAUAACAAAGGACACAUCCUAGCUGACUUCAUAACAGACAAUAACCUGGACUUCCUCUAUCUAACCGAAACCUGGCACAACCAUCUCGACCUCUUUCCACUCAACCAAGCCACCCCCCCCGGUUACUCCUACCUGCACCAACCCCGCCUCACUGGACGAGGCGGAGGCGUCGCAGUUAUUCACAAACAAACCCUCAAGACCACCCCCACCCCCACCCUGUCCGUCCACUCAUUCGAAAAUAUCUCUGUCAAACUCCCCGGUCCCACCCCUCUGGUCAUUGUUACUAUCUACCGCCCCCCAAAGCCCCACCCAUCAUUCCUUUCUGAUUUCUUUGAAUUUGUCACCCACCUAAACACCAUUUCAUCCUCUGUCCUGCUGCUUGGAGACUUCAACUUUCACAUUGACAACCCCACCUGCAAACAAGCAUCUGAUUUCCUGGAUCUGCUCGACACCCUCAAUCUCACCCAGCAUGUGCACUCCCCCACCCACUCCCAUGGCCACACCCUCGACCUCGUCUGCUCCACCGGCAUCUCCAUCCACCAUCUCUCCACCACCAACCUCUAUAUCUCUGAUCACCUGGCUGUCACUUUCAACGUCGACCCCCCCCCUCUGCCUCACAGUGAAAAACGACAAAUUACCUUCAGAAACCUCAAAUCCAUCUCACCACAGGACCUCUCCGCUUCCCUAUCUGCCACCCUUACUGCAUCCCCUCCCACACCAUCUGCUAAAUUCCUGACCUACUCAACUACUACAACAACACUCUAUCCUCCUGCCUGGACCAGCUCGCACCUCUCAAAACAAAAACAGUUUCAUUCAGACACUCUGCCCCCUGGUAUACUUCAGAACUACACAAAAUGA